CUUUCCACCAGAGUUGAAUGUAUAGGAUUUGUAAGUUCUGAAAGAUCAGAAAAUGACAACAUCCCCUGUACAAAAUUUGAUUUUAAGAAUUGUGACUUUUGUGCUUCUCCUGAUUUCCUUAAUCGUAAUGGUAACGAGCAACACAAGAUCCAGCAAUGGCAACGCAGAAGACCUGGUAUACCGUUUCAAUGACUUCAAGCCCUUCAGAUAUGUUGUAGCUGCCGACGUCUUGGGCUGCUUUUAUUCCCUCAUUCAUAUCAUUCGACUACUUUGUAUUAGCACUGGCACUGGAGGAUUGGGGCUCUACCUCAACUUUAUCUCUGAUCAGGUUUUGACCUUUAUAGUAUUAUCUAGUGCCUCAGCAGGCAUAGGAUGCGUAAUGUUAACAGAGGAAUUCAUUAAAGCUGCAGAUUCAUACGAUUCGGCUGCAAAGAAGUUUCUGAGGUUUGCAUCAGCUUCUGUGAGUAUGCAGUUUCUGGGAUUUGUUAUUAUAGCGUUUUGUGCAGUGGUGUCAGGUUAUAGCUUGUCCUGUUACAUGUAUUCUUCAUACUUCGAUUUUGUGCAAAGGCGAGGAAUCCCUGCAACAUACGUUGAUACAGAGCGGCAGGAUGAUACUAGAAAUCGGGUUUCAGAAUUGUAAGAAUUCAAAGCAUCGAGUUUUAUUGUCUUGUAUAGUUGUAUACAAAAUUACAAAUACACCAUUGUAGUUAUUAUGAAGAAAAUGAAUCCCAGAACCCAUUCAAUCCUGUGCUUCUGAACUUCUGAUUAGUUCAGAGGGCAUGCUAUGUAAAUUAGUAAAGGUCACUUUCCAAGCAGAAUGCUUCAAGUUUACCUCUUAGAUUGGAGUGUAAGUUAGAGGAAGGAAGAUAUUUUAUAUAAGUUUAAUGGAGGAAGAUAUUUUUUAUUUCUUAA